ACAUUUUAACUUUCUCUCACUUCGACAAUACCAUUUCUCUCUCUCUCUCUCUUCUCUCUCCAAAACCCUCUCUCUCUAUGAUUACAGAUCAGGCCGCAGCUAUCAUAUUUCCGCUUCUUUACGACUUUUUUAGCUUCAGAUUUUCUCUCUCUACGACCAUUCCAUUGCUGGAUUUCUAGGGUUUUUUUCUUUAUUUUUUUUUUAUUUUUUUUAUGUGGCCGUUGCUCUCUGAGUUCUACGACUGUCAGAGCUUCGAUGUCGUCAGCUCCCUCCUCCUCUUCCUCUUCCAUGGUCUGCUAUAAUCCGGAGUGUAAGGAAUUGAAACCGGAACGGCCGAGAAAGGGCUGGCGCCUCCGCACCGGAGAGUUAGCGGAGCUCUGUGAUCGAUGCGGUUCUGCUUAUGAGGAAGGAAGAUUCUGCGAUUCGUUUCAUCUGAAUGCUUCUGGCUGGAGGAGUUGCGAGUCUUGUGGGAAGGGGGUUCAUUGUGGGUGCAUCGUUUCAAGUAAUGCAUUUACACUCUUGGAUCCUGGAGGGAUUGAAUGCAUUGCUUGUGCAAGGAAGAAUGUCAUUUUGUCAUCCAAUACAGCAUGGCCACCGUCUUUGUUUUUUCAUUCAACUUUACCUGAAAGACUAAAGGAUUUGUCUGUAAAAAACUGGAGUCAGUUGGCCGGAUCAGGUCCUGUUCCAUGGCGGCAAGCACCCAGCUUAUUUGGUUCAAUUACUCCGUCUGAAAUGCAUUCAAGGGUGCCAUAUGAAGUUGACAUUUCAGCUGCAAUUAACAAACUCAAUGCUGGUGAAAGGAUAGGUGUAACUUCAUUGGAAAAGAGGAAAAUUGAGGAUUUUUCUGAAAGGUUACAAAAUGGAAGCCUCAAGCUUGGUGCACGAGAUGCACUGGAAAAUGGGACUGCAGGAAGAAACUGUGAGGAUCAAAUUAAUUCAUGUCUAAAUUUAGGGCAACAGCCUUCCUCUUUAAAGGAGGAACCUUCGACUCCACAGUUUGGUUUGUCUGUACCUUAUGCAUCUGCAAGUGAAACAAAUGGUCAAGUUGGGGCUGCUGGAUCUAAUUUGCGGCCAACCCCUCCACCUAUGCCUAAACAAUUUAUUGGUAACUUACACAGUGGAGUUGAUUCACCUGGUGAAACUCAAAUUCGAAAUGCAAGGCCUCGAGCAGAUGCCAGAGGAAGAAAUCAGUUACUUCCACGGUAUUGGCCUAGAUUUACUGAUCAAGAGCUGCAACAAAUAUCUGGAGAUUCAAAUUCUGUAAUUACUCCAUUGUUUGAGAAAAUGUUAAGUGCAAGUGAUGCUGGGCGGAUUGGGCGUCUUGUGCUGCCAAAAAAAUGUGCAGAGGCCUACUUUCCUCCGAUAUCUCAGCCUGAAGGAUUACCUCUCAAAGUCCAGGAUGCAAAAGGCAAGGAAUGGAUAUUCCAGUUCCGUUUCUGGCCCAAUAAUAAUAGCAGAAUGUAUGUUCUAGAAGGGGUUACUCCUUGCAUACAGUCCAUGCAAUUGCAAGCUGGUGACAUAGUGACAUUUAGUCGUUUAGAGCCAGAAGGGAAAUUGGUCAUGGGGUUCCGAAAGGCCUCAGCAGCUACGCCAUCAGAUCAGGAAAAUGAAACAAAUAGGAAUGGCAAUGGAGUCUCUAUGCAAGGAGAUGCUGAACUGGCAGAUCCUAGUUCUUGGUCUAAAGUUGACAAGUCAGGAUACAUAGCAAAAGAAGUACUGGGAGCUAAAACUUUGAUUUCCAGAAAGAGGAAGAGCAGCACCUUGGGUUCUAAAAGUAAGCGCUUGAGAAUUGAAAAUGAGGACAUGAUGGAGCUGAAACUAACCUGGGAAGAAGCUCAGGGACUCCUUCGUCCUCCUCCAAACCAUGUCCCAAGUGUUGUUGUGAUUGAAGGCUUUGAGUUCGAGGAAUAUGAGGAUGCACCAAUACUUGGGAAGCCAACAAUUUUCUCAACUGAUAAUAUGGGUGAGAAAAUUCAAUGGGUUCAAUGUGAAGACUGCUUCAAAUUGCGUAAAUUGCCCGCCGAUGCGCUUCUUCCUUCUAGGUGGACAUGUUCUGAUAAUUCAUGGGACCCAGAAAGAUCCUCGUGUUCAGCUGCUCAAGAACUAACAGCGGAAGAGCUUGAAGAUCUUAUACCCCAGUCUGUUUCAGUUGCUUCUAAGAAAAUGAAGGCUGCUAAACUUGACUCAGAAAAUUUGGAAGCCAUGGAGGGGCUUGAUACCCUUGCUAAUUUAGCUAUCAUGGGAGAGGGUGAGUCACUCCAAUCAUCAUCCCAGGCGACCACAAAGCACCCCAGACAUAGACCUGGUUGCUCAUGUAUUGUUUGCAUCCAGCCCCCAAGUGGGAAGGGCCCCAAACACAAACAAUCUUGCACCUGUAAUGUCUGCUUGACGGUAAAACGCCGCUUCCGUACAUUGAUGAUGCGGCGUGAGAAAAAACAAUCAGAGAAGGAAGCAGAGACUACACGCAAAAAGCAGCAAGUAUCACUACCUGAUAAGUUUGAUAAUGAGUCCAAUUUAACUAGCAACACAGGAAAUAGUCCAAAUCAGAAAAGAGAGUUCCAUGAUGGUUCUGAUGAUGAGCCAAGUAGGAUGAAAUCGUCUACUUCACCUUUUAAAGGUCAAAUUGACCUGAAUAUCCAGCCAGAGCGGGAGGAUGAACUGUCACCUGGUUCUGAUUCUGGUGGCAUAAUUAAGUUUGUCCAAGAUAAUCCAGCGAGGUAUCUCAGACAGCAGAGGUUAUCAAGUUCUGGUGGCAGUGAAAACUCAUCUGGCAAUUUGUCUCAGCGAGAUGGAGGUGAUGCAAUUGGAGACAAACUCAACAAUGGCAUCAACCUUGGCAGGAAUCUUCACGAUGCCAGUGACGACCAUCCUUCAAGUAUAUCAAUGAAGGCAUCGGCAUCGACCACUGCAACUGGAUAAUACAGUUAAUUCUUUUUAUCAUAUGCUAAUAUUGAUCAUCAACAACUUUGGGCCAUCGAAGCUGGGUUGUAGAUCUGUCCGCAUUGGUAUUACUCAUCUUCUGGUCUGUACAUAAAAAGGAAGAGGCUGUGAAGAGGGCAACAUGGUUGACAAACAAUAGUAUGCUAUGGUAUGGUCCCACUCUAAAGUGAUGUAAUUUGUAGAGGUCGUAUUAAGUAGGGAAAUGUUGAAUAUGCAACUGAAAGUGAGUAGCAGGUUGAAGCUAUUUUACUUUAUUUUCAGGAGCUCACCUUGCUGCCUCCGUGUAGUUGACAUUGAGGAUGUAACAAAUUUCUAUUUUCUCGGCUCAGUAAAGUAGAAAUUGCUUCA